AUUCCCUUUUCCCACUCCCUCCCAUGCUCCUCCCACUAGCCCCCAGCCCCUCCGCUGCUAGGGAAAGAUUGUUCCCUGCAGUCUAGUGUCCAGGGCACUGAGUGGUUACCGUCCCUUCGCUCUGAGCAAGGCCAGCUCUCAUGAACAGGAACUGAAAGAGAUAAAGGGUCUCAGUUAAGAGAGAAAAAGACCAUCCCAGAGACUAGGAGGCAGAAAAAAGGGAGAGGAAGCCAUGACUGCUUCCACAGAGACAGGUCAUCCAUCCAGAAGUGCUAGCCACAGGUGGAAGAUACAGCCAAAGGAAUUUAGGGCGAUCUUUGACCCCAGCGCAUUUCCCAAGGUGACCUACCUACUCUAUGAAAUUAAGUGGGGCAGCAGCACCAAGUUCUGGAGGAAGUGGUGCCCGAACACCCCCACUCAGCAUGCCGAAAUCAACUGCCUGGAAAAUGACUUCAGGGAGAUACGCCACAGGCCUUCAGUGCACUGCUCCAUCAUCUGGUUCCUGUCCUGGAGCCCCUGUGGGCUGUGUUGCAGACUGAUCGUUCACUUCCUACGGGCCCACCCCAAAGUGACCCUGCAAAUCUACAUAGGGCGGCUCUUCAGGCACAGAGAUGAACGGAACCGACAAGGCCUCAGGGACCUGGUGAGCAGUGGAGUGAACAUUUACAUCAUGAGCCUGCCAGCUUACAACUACUGUUGGAGAACAUUUGUCGACCACCGAGUCAGAAAAGAUGAUAUGUACUGGCCCUGCUACUUCACUCCAUGGAUGAUAUUCUAUAUGCUUGAACUCCAGUGUAUCCUACAGGGCCUACCUCCUUGUUUACAGAUUUGGCUGAAGAAUUACACUGGCUUACCUUUUUUCCGACUCGUUUUACAAGAAUCUCAUAGAAAAAUACUCUGGCAAAGUCUCCACACAGCAAACAGUCACCAGCAGCCACUGAUUUUCAGGCCCAGGCCAUCAGCUGAGCACUGGUACCCAUCAAUGUAUUUUACUGGACCACCGGUCAGUCACAAGCAGUGACCUGUGCUCAAGCCUAGACACAAGUCAAUCAACAGUCUACACCAACAUACUAGCCUGGAGCACCAACCAUUUUUCAAGCCUGAACCAUCAACAAGGCAAAGGGUUGGCCCAGUCUUGUACUUUGGUGUGUAGCUAUGAUUGGCUGCUUGUAUACAGGUAGUUAUUUUUUUGGAAUAUCUCACAGUGCAAGUGAAGAUUGUGAUUGUAGCAAAGGUAGGCAUGCCUGUGUUAUCUCUAAACUGGUGAGAACAGGUACCAAUAGUAGUGUAGAUGUGGUGACAUGGGCUUCAGUGCAGGUUAGCAACCACAGUACAUACACAGGCUCCCUGAAGCACUUGUACUCUGGUUGCUAGCCCAUGCUGAAGCCCAUGCCAUGACAUCUACCCUACUAUUGUU